AUGACGCAUACACGUAUUUCGGUACCGAGACGUGGUCGAUUACGUAGGAGGCCGAUAGAUUCUCCUGAGACAGAGUCUCCAAAGAGUUCUGCUAGGGUUGAGCCUGUCCGUCAGGGACAGACUCCUCAGGGUAUUAGGAGCACGUCAGGUCCUCAGAUCCUGACGGUUCCGAUUUCAGAGGUACUUACCUCGAUUGUACCAGCAGUGGUACCACCGUCAGCAUAUCCAACACCUUCCCCAUCAACAGUACCCACAGCAUACCCAGUACCCCCUCUAGUCGUGCCUGUUAUUGCGUACUCAGUACCACAGGCACCGGCGCUAAUUUCUACAUAUUCGGCACUAGUACCAGCAGUAUCGGUUGCUCCUUACCCGGUACCGUCCACCGUACCUUCAGUGGCCCCUACUUACGUCUACUCAGUAGUUCCACCAGCUGUACCACCCAUAGGAUCAGCUCUCGUGGUUCUGCCUAGUUCCACAACGAUUCCCAUGGAUAUAGUUGCAGCAUGA